AUGCUGUCUAGUGCUCUUCGGCGAAAUGUGCGAACGAAGCGCUUGAUUAGACCAUCACUAAGAAGACACAUACAUCUGAAUGCGGACCUAGACGUUGCUUUGAAAAAACUGCCAUGUUCGGGCGUUGUCGUUAUUGGUGGUGGCCAUGCUGGUUGUGAGGCUGCAGCUGGAUCUGCGCGAUCUGGUGCUCAUACUGUGUUGGUUACCCCAUUUUUGGAUAAAAUUGGAACUUGUUCGUGUAAUCCAUCUAUGGGCGGUGUGGGAAAGGGCACGCUACUCAGAGAAGUAGACGCUCUGGAUGGUGUGGCUCCAAAAGUGACAGAUUUAGCUGGAAUACAGUUCAAAAUGUUGAACAAAAGCAGAGGUGCAGCGGUUUGGGGCCCAAGAGCACAAAUCGAUCGUGAACUGUAUCUUGAACAUAUGCAGCAAGCAUUGAAAAAGCUCCCGAAUCUGACGCUUCACGAGGGUAAAGUUAAAGAUCUCAUUAUUGAUGCCGGAGGUACCUCGGUAGUGGGUGUCAUUCUAGAGAGUGGACAGAUUCUUCGAUCCUCUAACGUGGUUAUCACAACUGGUACCUUUCUGAGCGCUGAAAUUCACAUAGGCUUGAAAAGCUUUCCAGCCGGAAGAAUGGGUGAAGACCCUACAUAUGGCAUCAGCAGCACUUUGCGCGAAGCUGGCUUCCAGCUGGGUAGACUAAAAACGGGGACUCCUGCCAGGCUCGAUGGACGCACAAUAGAUUUCACACAUCUCGAAAAACAAUACGGUGACGAUCCACCGCAUCCAAUGAGCUUUUUGAAUAACGCUGUGGCAAUCAAAAAUCAGGUUUUGUGCUAUGGUACCAAUACUACUCCACAAGUUCACGAAUACUUGAAGGCUAAUCUCGAUAAAGCCUUGCACAUUCGAGAAACUAUUAAGGGCCCUCGUUACUGCCCCUCCAUCGAGGCAAAAAUUACUAGGUUCUCCGACAAGGACUCACACAAAAUCUGGCUCGAGCCAGAAGGGCUAAACUCAUCUGUCAUUUACCCAAAUGGUGUAUCGAACUCGAUGCCAGAAGAUAUACAGGUUACGUUUAUGCGCAUGAUUCCUGGAUUGGAAAAUGUUGACAUCUUGCAACCUGCAUAUGGUGUCGAAUACGAUUACAUCGAUCCAAGAGCACUGAAAUCUACUUUAGAAACAAAGCUACUCAAGGGUUUGUAUCUAGCCGGCCAAAUCAACGGUACCACUGGAUACGAAGAAGCAAGUGCCCAGGGUAUCAUUGCGGGUAUCAACGCAGGUCUAUCCGAGCAAAAUAAGGAGCAAAUGAUUUUAUCCAGAUCGGAUGCUUACAUCGGAGUUUUAAUUGAUGAUCUGAUAACUAAAGGAGUCACGGAACCCUACCGUAUGUUUACUUCACGGUCAGAGUUUCGUGUUAGUGUAAGAGCUGACAAUGCGGACUUUCGACUGACAGAAGUUGGUCGCAAAUUCGGUGUAGUUGGCGAUGAACGGUGGGAAACUUUUAAGUUGCACAGAAACAUGUUUCGGGACAUUGUCGGUAAGUUGUCAAGCUUCGAGCAAAGUGCCACGAAAUGGGAAAACUCUCUUGGAAUCUCAGUAGCAGACAGCGCGAAAAAUAAGAGUGCAUGGGAAAUGUUCAGAUUUAACCAUAUUGACUACGAGAGACUGGUCAAGAGUGUACCAGACUUGGCAACCGACAUCAACGAGAUUCCGAAACACGUUCUUCUGAAAGUGGAUGUUGAGGGAAAGUAUGCCCCUUACAUCAAGAAACAAGAUCAGUACAUCAAGGCAUUCCAGGCGGACGAAGGCAUGCUUCUCCCGCAGGGGUUCGACUACUCGAAAAUGCCUUCUUUAAGCAGUGAAUGCAAGAGCAUUCUAAACCUGGUUCAACCGUCAACUAUCGGACAGGCAAGAAGAAUCCAGGGUAUCACACCUGCGUCCCUUUUCGAGCUUUACAAAAUGGCAAGAUUUAAGCAACAUGACGUCCGAAGCUUGCUAACCAGGAAUCAACUCUGA